UCCCUCCUUCCCUCCCCGGUCGCCUCGGUCGCCGUGGGCGCGGGGUCGCGAUGCUGUCUCGCUCGGGCUGCGCGUCCCGGGCGCUGAACCGCUGGCUGUGCGCCCUCCGACAGGGGAGCUGCCCUCCGGGGAGGCGUUCGACGCCCGGUGUCUCCCUGGGCCAGAGUCCGGCUCACCUCGACAGCAGGAAACUCCCGGUAAAGAACGCUAGCGUCUUCAGCGUUCGCUUCUUCCGGACGACAGCGGCGCGCAAGAGCGAUGUGGUCACAGUCAAAACCCCAGCUUUUGCAGAAUCGGUCACAGAGGGGGACGUCAGGUGGGAAAAAGCGGUGGGAGACGCGGUCGCGGAGGACGAAGUGGUGUGCGAGAUCGAAACGGACAAGACAUCCGUACAGGUUCCGUCCCCAUCGGCCGGAGUGAUUGAAGCCCUCCUGGUCCCCGACGGAGGGAAGGUGGAAGGAGGGACUCCUCUCUUCACGCUCAGGAAAACCGCCGCGGCUCCUGCCAAGGCCAAGCCGGCGGAAGCUCCCGCCGCAGCUCCCAAACCGGAACCGGUAGCCGCCGCCGCCGCUCCUCCUCCUCCCCCGCCUCCCUCCCCCGCGGCCUCGAUACCCACUGCGAUGCCUCCCGUGCCCUCCGUGUCAGCGCAGCCCGUCGAUACCAAACCGGUGUCUGCGGUGAAACCCUCUGCGGCUCCCGCUCCAGAACCCGGGGCGGUCAAAGGCGCACGUUCCGAACAUCGGGUGAAGAUGAACAGGAUGCGGCAGCGCAUUGCUCAGCGCCUGAAGGAAGCCCAGAACACCUGCGCGAUGCUGACCACCUUCAACGAGGUGGACAUGAGUAACAUCCAAGAAAUGAGAGCCCGGCACAAGGACGCCUUCCUGAAGAAACACAACCUGAAACUGGGCUUCAUGUCCGCUUUUGUGAAGGCCUCCGCCUUCGCCCUGCAGGAGCAGCCGGUGGUGAACGCAGUGAUCGACGAUGCAACCAAAGAGAUGGUGUACAGGGACUAUAUCGACAUCAGCGUGGCCGUGGCCACGCCCCGGGGUCUCGUGGUGCCCGUCAUCAGGAACGUGGAAACCAUGAACUACGCCGACAUCGAACGGACCAUCGGCGAACUGGGGGAGAAGGCCCGAAAGAACGAACUGGCCAUCGAGGACAUGGACGGCGGCACCUUCACCAUCAGCAACGGGGGGGUGUUCGGCUCCCUGUUCGGGACGCCCAUCAUCAACCCCCCGCAGUCCGCCAUCCUGGGCAUGCACGGCAUCUUCGACAGGCCCGUGGCCGUCGGAGGCAAGGUGGAGGUGCGGCCCAUGAUGUACGUAGCGUUGACCUACGACCACCGGUUGAUCGACGGCAGAGAGGCGGUGACUUUCUUGCGGAAAAUCAAGGCGGCGGUGGAGGAUCCCCGCGUCCUCCUACUCGACCUUUAGGAGACGGCCACCACCCCCGCCCCCCCCCACGGCCCCCCACACGUGGGAACCUAAGACCAGGCUCUCCCCUCCGCCGCCACGUGGGUCCCCCCGGGGGUAGCCGGCCGACAGACGCACACGCUAACAUUAUCGACUUAGAGCGGGGCGUCCGGGGCGCUCCGUAACGGGUGGUCCCGGCCCCCGGUCCGCUGGCCGGCGCCUUCCUCCACCCCCCGCCCCCUCUCACCUAUCUCCCUCCUUUUCUCUUCCUCCAGCGGGGGAAGAGAGUCCUGACGGACUCCACGCCCCUCCUGACCUUCCCCGCCCGCGUCCUAUCCAAAGAUGAUUUUUGCUUCUCCCGGUGCCAAUAUACAAUGGGGCAGCCACCAGAGACCACCAGACUUGGAGUUCCUUUGCUCUGUCUCCCCCCCGGUCCCCGUCCCCACCCUCCAGCGGGGAGGGAGAUCCAGCCUGCUCCCUUAGCGGAAACCGCCGCCAGGGCCGCGGAUGACCCUUGACGCCCCGGGCCCCGGGCGGAAGCCGCUUCUCCCGCGCCCCGUCGCGGAGGUGUCCGAGACGGGGGGUUGGGACGCGGCUCUGUUUCUCGGAGGGCGCCUUCUGACUUAGGUAGCCCUCCCGUGCUUUAACUCGCCUCCUCUUCUACCUCUUCCUGAAAGCGCAGCCCGGGGUGCCGGGGUCGGAGCGUUGCCGGGGGAGCGAGCGGGAAGACGUCCCCGGUCUUCUUCCCGGGACGGAGGCGAGAACCGUCCGCCCGCCGGGCAAUUGAAGCCACUCGUCCCGGCCUCGCGCCAGAGAGAGCUCCCCGGGAGGCGGCCCCCCCCCACCCCCUUCCUCCCCGCGGAAGACCGGCCCCCCCACCUCGGCCGCCGGGACGGAGGGGGAGAGGGGAAUCGGGUCGAGGCCCCGGGAACGUGGACUACCUGUCGUCCCUCGAUCCCGCCGCGUCGCGGCUCCGCGAGGUCCCUUCUCCCCGGCCCCGGCGUACCCGAGGACGCCUGAUUAGCGGCGGGCGGCCGGGGGCCGACCUUUCCUCCCGUACUGGCGGGGAGCGGGACGAGGGACGGUCACCUCUGGGGAAGACAGGCGGUGGCGAGCAGCGGGUGACGGUAGAUGCCUGGGGCCAUCUUGGAAUCGCCGCCUCUCGAGGGGCGCGGAAUGGCUGGGGUCUCACGGAGAGUAGUUUAGUGCACAAUCCUCUUGUGAAACUGGCGGGGGGCGGGAGGGAGGGAGGCCGUCCUCCUUGGGAAUACCGACGCAUCUUGGCCCGAGGAGGGGCCGUUUAAUCAAGCCCAUAAAGCUCACGUGUGUGCUCUGUCGGAGGAGGCGGGGCCGGGGGAAGGAUCCGGUACCGAGUGCCUGCAGCGACUACUACGCGGUCUCCGAUACACAGAACUUGUAAUUAAAAUAUUUAAGGAAAUCGAUUUUAAAUAAAAUAAAAGGGGCAGUGUUCGCAA